UUUGACGCAUUUUUCAAUAUGGCGAUGUUGAAACAAAAGUGAACUUUGUCGGGAAAGAAGCGCGGCAUAAAUUUUCCUUUACUUUCUACGAAAAGUGCUUCAAAUAUUGUGUUAUUGCUUCGUUGCAGGUGCGAAAGUGAAAUUUUGCAUAAGAAACUGUAACAAAACUGUUUGUUAAGCCGUAUAUAUAUCGUCUGCUUCGAGUGUUCUUACUGCGUUUGUUUGUAAACGCGUCUGUUUUUGAUGUACAUUCGCUACAAAAACGCAAAAUUCAACAUGUACAACAAUUCUAACGGCAGCGUCGAGAAUUCAGACUCGACCGCCAACGCUAAUAAAGAAGAUAGCGCUCACGUCGAAAGUAAAAGAGAGGUGAUAAAGGUGGAUAAAUUGCAUGAUGCUGAAGGCAAGGAAGAUUUCAGUGAAGAAGUGGAGCAUGAAGAGGAAGAAGAAACGUUAGACCAAUCUCAAGGUGACGCGGUGGAGACUGAGGAAAUCAUUACAGAAACGUUGGAAAAGGGCGCCGAAGAUGCAGAGCAUUUGGAAGAAGUUGAAGGUGACCAAGUGGAAGAAGAUAAUGUAGAACCACUGGAAGAAGUUGACGAUGCAACCGGUGCUAAACCGUCAAAAGUUAAACAGACGCAUCAAGAACUGUCCGAUGCGGAGGAUGAUAAGAAGAUCACUAUCGAGAUUUUGAAAAGCGAGCCUAAGGAAAAGUUGGACACCACAGCAAACGUUUCGCGUGAAGAAAAAUCCACCAUCGCCCUGGAUAUGUGCCGGGUGUGUAUGGGGACCGAAGAGCUGUCAGAUAUUUUCCAAUUCGAUGGGCCUGUCCGUGUGAGCGAUAUCAUAAUGAAGGUUUGCACUAACAUUCGUAUCACGGCACGGGAUCAUCUGCCGCACAAAAUAUGUGAACAAUGUCUGGGACAGGUGCGUAUCGUGAACGAAUUCAAGAACCGAUGUGAAGCGUCAGAUAAAGAACUGAGGAAGAAUUUGAAGAGAAGUACCAACAAAAGUCGCCGACAAAGCGAAGUAAUUGUGGUUAAUUGCCCGAUGUCCGACUCGGAUAAAGACGACGAAGAACCAGUCGAUGAUGACGAAUAUAAGGUGUCACAAUCGGAGGUAGAAUCGGAACCGGCCACAUCGGAUGACAGCUUUUCGCCACCCAACAAACGUAAACGCACUCCGAAACGAAGGGUCGGCCGUCCUCCCGGCAGAGGUAGACCGGGACGCAAGCCCAAGAACAUGGUCGUUAGUACGCCAAAGUUUGCAGUGAAACGUGGUCCGGGUAGGCCUCCUAAGUAUCCAAAAACAUCUAGCCUGACAAACAUUGUGUACAUAGAAGCACCGGAAGACAGCUCCAGUUCAGGCGAGGAAGCAGAAGUGACACCUAAACGACGAAAGCGGGGAGAUAAUCCGUGCCCCAAAUGUGACGAGGUACUUCCCAGUCAGCUUGCUCUUAAACAGCACUUGAAAACACAUCCCGGCGAUCGGUUCGAUUGCGACCGCUGUGCUCUUUUCUUCAGAACGGAAAAGGCGCUAUCAAAUCACAUCGAGCGCCACAAAAAAGCGGAUAAAAUUCGGGAGGAAAAGCGAAAGGAGCGUGAACAACGCAUCGAGCAGCGGUCUAGAUACACGCCAAAAUCUUCGGAUGCUGAGAAAUCCAAAUUGAUCAGCCCACAAGGUUCGGCAACUGCGGAAAAGAAGAAAAAAUCCGAGCCGUCGGCUGCCAGUAGCGGCAGAGAUCUGUUCAAGUGCGUAGCACCUUUGACGUCCACCUAUUGGAGUGAUAGUUUCUCCGAUUAAUUACCCGUUUCGUUGUGCGAAUAAAUCAUCGAUUUUGCCAGCGAUUGGCCAGCGAAUGAGGUAAGAUUAUUUUGUUUUAAUUAUGUGUGAUAGGACAAAAAGAUAAACACAUAC